AUGAACAGUGCGGGUAGACGGCUACGUACCCUCAUGCGCUCAUCACAGUGUGUUCAGCUGCCAGGAGCCUUCAAUGGUCUCGUUGCAAGGAUGCUCCCUGUUAAUGGUUUCGUUGGAGGAUACGUGUCGGGAGGGGCACUUUCAGCAGCAAGCGGCGUGCCUGAUAUCGGCCUUCUCACACUCGAUCAGUUCACUGACAAGAUCAAAGAGGUUGUGGCCUUCUCUGGUGGUUUGCCGUUCAUAUGCGACGCGGACACAGGCUUUGGGUCGGACGAGAUGGUAUCCAAAACGGUUAGAGAGUACAUCGCUGCAGGGGCAGCAGGUCUUCAUAUCGAGGACCAGGAGUUCCCCAAGAGAUGCGGUCAUCUUGAGGGGAAAACGCUGGUCUCAGCCGAGGAGAUGAUGGGGAAGGUCCGACGAGCACGGGCAGCUGCUGAUGCAGCCUAUCAUGGAGAAAGUGAUCACUUCAUCAUCUGUGCUCGUACCGAUGCUUACAGCACCCACGGUAUGGAGGAGGCCAUUGCUCGAGCAAAGCAGUACGUCGAGGCUGGCGCUGAUAUGAUAUUCCCAGAGGGCCUUGCCACGAUCGAGGAUUUCCGAGCUUUUGCCGAGCAGAUGCAGAGGCUUGGUCAAAUGAAUUUGGCCCCUCAGGGGGGUCCUUUUCUGUUGGCUAAUAUGACAGAGUUCGGCAAGACUGAUGCGAUUAAACUCGAAGAAUUUGCAUCAGCAGGUUAUAAUUGCGUGAUAUACCCGGUCUCGACACUUCGUUGUGCAAUGAAAGCCGCGGAUGAAUGUUUGAGGCACUUGAAGAGCGAACAAGGAUUGAAACAGCAUGAGGGAAAGAUGCAGACUAGGAAACAACUCUAUGAGCUUCUGAAAUACCAACCUGGUACGGAGUGGACCUACCCCAACGCGUGA